AUGACAGAAGAGUCUAGAUUCAAAGUCAAUACACCCCCGAGAAACCCUUUUCACAAGAAUUAUGGACUUACAUCACUUAAUAGAUUCAAACCGAGAGGCAAAUGGCAUGUUCAUGGCAGACAUAUGAAUAACAGAAGCCACAAGAAUUAUAAUGGUUACCUCUCUACUCAAAACCAAUUUGCGCAUUCAAAGGGCAAUCCAAAUGAUAUUAGAAUCCCGAUAGAUAAAGACAAAACAAAGCUAGUUUCAGAUCAAGCAGAUCAGAUAGAUGAAAGUCUGGUUCGCAAUGGUAUCAAAUAUGGUGAUGAUCGAACUUACCUUGAUAAAAAAAAAAACAAUAAUAGUCAAAACCAUUCUCAAGAUAAAAAACAUGAUGGAAAUAGUAAAGUUGUUAAUGGUAAUAAUAAUAUCAAUGGUAAUAUCAUCAACCGUCAUAGUGCCAAUGGUAUUGACAACAUCGAUGACUUUGAUAUUGUCACUAUUGCAAAUUAUACUACUACUACUACUGAUAUUAAUACUACUUUGAGAAUCGCUGCUAUGGAUAAUAAUAAACAUCUCAAGGAUAUUAUUACUUCUACUCCAAUUCCCAUUCAGAUACCCACCACUAGUUUCAAUAAUCAUCAUAAUCAUAAUUAUGAUUAUAAUAAUAAUAUUCAUCAUGGCCAUAGUGACUAUAAUAUUACUCAUACAAAUGGUGUUAUCAAAAAUAAUGCCACUGAAAAAAAAUAUGUUAGACUGCAUGCCCGAGCCAAUAAAAUGUCUAUUCCAAGUUUGCUUAAUGAAACCUCUUCUGAGUUUUGUUUUCAUACUUCUAGUAACUCCACAAUCAAUGAUACCUCGAAUAACAACAAUAAAUUACCCAUAAUAAAUAUUGCUAAUGAAAUGGAAAAUUCCACUUCUCAAAUUAAAAAUAAGCAUCAUGCCAAUGAUGACAAUUUAGCGGUCAAAGAAUCAAUUCUUGUGCCAAAAACACCUCCAAGUAAGCUUAGCUCUAUCCUUUCCUAUGGCUCUAGUACAAAUUCUUCCAAUAAAAUUGGCAAUAAACCACUCACAAAUGGCCUGUCUAGUUUUAUUCAAAGUGCUAAAACCAAAGAAACACCCAAACAUGAUUUAUCUCUAGAAGACUUGAAUCCAGAUGAAAGUACUAGUUUUAAUCCCUUCAAAAAGGAAAAUCAAAGAUCUUCAAGUAAAUCCCUUUUACUAGAGAAGUUUUCUAAUAAAAAAACAACCUAUUCAAGUUUAGCGAAAACCAAUUCGGCAGUACCUGUUUCUACUCUCUUUCCUAUUACUGCUUUAAAACCUAUUGAAACUGAUAAUAUACUAAAAAAAAGGGUUCUUAGAAAACAAAUUACUCAAUCAUCAGGUCAUUUAUCUAAUUUGGAUGACUCAAUAAUAUCCAAUCAUUCUAAUUCAUGUUCUUUUCAAAAACUUUUAAAGAGUUCAUCAGCUCUAGAACCUAUGAACAAAAGGACACUUUCCAUUUAUUUUAAUGGAAUAACAUUAGAUAAGUCUUAUCUGUUUUCGGUUGUUGUAGAUUCUGAAGGUAAUCUAAAAAAUUUAGCUCACUUAGAAAACGGAAUUUUAAUUUUCCCUCGUUAUCUUAAAUAUAUUAACAUAAAAUUAUCAGAUGUUAAAUUAAUCACCUAUACAAAAGAUAUAAAAAAUUUAAAAUUUUACCUAAAGACUCAAUAUCAAAUUUGUGAUUCAAUAAAGCAAAAAUUUCAGGCUCUAAAUACUAACAACUCUAAAAGUUUUGAGUCAAUAAUGCUAUCACUAAAUGAUUCCAGUUCUGAAAAUAGAACUGAUUCAUUUUUGCGGAAACUCUAUGAUUUGAAUGGCUCAUCAAAUAAGGAAAAAAGUUCAAAGUUUAAUUUUGAAAUUACGUGUAGUGAUGUUAACAAUGAUAAGAAUGGUUUCUCUCAAAUUUUGCGACAGCCGUCAACUUUUAACAAUAAAAAUUUACUUUCGUUAAGUACAAAGAACUCCUCAAAAAAACGAAAAACAGGAACUCCAAUUAAUUCAGAAAAAAGGGUCAAGUUAAAUAAUGAACUAAAUUCCUUAAAAUCAAUUUAUACGGGAGCUUUGGAUAUUAGAGUAACUAGAAGUUUGACAAAAAUAACUACUGGGUAUACAGAAGAUAUUGAGACCCGCAAAAAUCAAACUAUUAAUGAAUCUUCUAAGGUUUUCAAGAAACGUAAACCAGAUGAGAUAUUUUUUCCUUCUUUAGACUACAAGUUUGAUGAUAAUAAAUCGAUGACUAUUGGUAAUUCUGAUUUCAAAUGUUUGUAUAGCCAUGAGUGGAUUAACGAUUCAUUAAUUGAUUUUUUUUUGAAAUAUGAUGUUGAACAGGCUGUUAAAGCCAAUCUCUUUAAAAAAGAUCAAAUUCACGUUUUCACAACAUUUUUUUUCUCAAAGUUGAUUGGGACUACAGAUAACAAUUAUUAUCACAAUAUGAAAAGAUGGGUUAGCAAAAUUGAUUUAUUUUCUCUCAAGUACAUAAUCUUGCCGAUUAAUGAAGCGCAGCAUUGGUAUUGCAUAAUAAUAACAGGGUUACCUGCUUUAUUGAAAGACGGAAAGUGUAUUAUAUAUGUUUUUGAUUCUUUGGGUCAACAACAUAAACAUAUAUCAAAACCAUUGAGAGAAUUUAUUUGUCAAUAUGGGAGAGAAACAAGAAAUAAAGAUAUUGAAUACAAAAAUAUCAACUUUAGGAAGUCAGUAGUUCCAAGACAAAACAAUUCUAAUGAUUGUGGAAUUCAUGUUAUUUUUAAUGUUAGACGAUUUCUUGAAGACCAUAAGGGAUGUAUGAAGUUAUGGAACACUAUUAAGCCAACCUAUUAUUCUAAAAUUUCGUUUUUUAAUGCUAAUAGAAGGAAGGAACUGAGAAUAGAGCUAAGAGAUUUACUUUUCAAAUUACAGAAACUCCAGGUUGAUACCGGGAAUGUUAAUCGAGAGUCUGUGACUUCAGUUUCAGAUGAAAAUGAAAACCUUGAAGAUGAUGACGUUGAAAUAGUUGAAAUGGAAGACUACUUAAGUUCUUUGUCUCCUCAGGAUAGUGAUGAUGCUGAAUUAUCUGGAAUAGAAAAAAAAGACAAUGAUGAGAAAACUUCUAAAGAUAACUUGACAAAUGAAGAGGUAAAUGAAGAGAUGAAUAAAGAAUUGAAUAAAGAAACAGAUAGGGAAUUGAAUAAAGGAGAAGAUAUCGAAGAAAAUAAUGAAGCGGAUACAAAGGAAAUGAACAAACCAGUAAAUAAAACUAUAGAUAAUCCAUUGAAUGAGAUAAUAAAAGAACCAUUAAAGAAACCGUUAUAUGAAAAAGUUAUUGAUGAAGAUAAUGAAAGCUUGCAUAAGAGAAUAAAUAUCGAAAAUAAGAUCUCCCAGAUAGUUGGUGAUAAUAGUUUUAGUCUAAAAAAUUUAGAAGUCGAAGCCAAAAGGAGAAACUUUGAAAUAGCAGAACCCAAAAUACAAGGAAAAACUGAAUACAAUCAUAAUCAUAAAAAAAGCAAAGUUUUAGUUGAGAAUAAACCUCUGGAUAGCCAAUUAGGACUUCCAGUUGUUUGUGUCAAUCCGCUGAAUAAGCCGAAUGAACCAAUUGAGUUAAAUGAGCUGAAUAAUAUUUUUAAUCUGAAACGAUUUUUUAAAAAUAUUAAUCUGAAAGAUUUUUUUGGCAAUGAAGAUAUUCCAUUAAGUGAAAAAACAAUUGAGCGCAGUGAAGAUUUGAAAAAUGAACUUAGAAUUCUGAAAAUGGUUAUUAAGAAAAAAAUUCUAUUAACUCGACAGGAAGUAGUAAAAAAAGAGCAGUUUGAGGAAAGUAAUAUAAAGAGAAACCUUAAAAAGGUGACACAAGAUAUACCUGAAGGUGAAAAUAAUGUUUCUGAAACCAAAAGUGUUGACUUUAUAAAUGAAAUUGCUGAAUCGGCCUUUGAUGGUUCUACAUCUGAAAUUACAAAAUAUGAUCAUAAUAAAAAUUUGUCUUUAAUUUUGCAAACAAAAAAUCAAAAUAAAACAUUCAAACCAUUAUCUUCUCUCAGUACUGACGAUCAAGCUGGUCAAGAAAUUGAAAAAUAUUUUUUAUGUUUUUCAGAACCACAGACAGAAAAUGUUAAUAAUGAUGAAAAUAACUCAAUUAGUAAUAUUAACAAUUUCAGAGAAGAUCCUUGUGAGAGCAAUUAUUUUUGGGGUUUAACUGAUAUUAAUAUCAAUCAUAUUUACAAAAAUAAUCUUAAAUUGUUAAUUGACAAUAAACUAAAGAUAACAAUUAGGUAUUUAGAAAGUGACGAAAAAACUAAAGACCAUUUUUUUGCUCUCGCUGAAGAACAUCCUUUCCAAAUCACUGAUUAUCCAAUUCCAAUAAUAAACAAAUUAAGGCCAAGAGAUACACUUAAACACACCCACUUCUACGAUGGGCUGUCUUCCGACCCAGAAAGUUCUUACAAAGCUAAAAAGGAAUACAAACAAAGAUUAAUCAAGGCAAAAAAGCUUAUCAAAACAAAAAAGCUUUUUAAGGAGUUAGUUGAAAUCCCUCCUCCUGAAAAAAAAAAUAAAAAGAAAGAAAAAGUUUAUUCAAAAGCCUCUCCUACAAAAAAAGAAUCUUAUCAAAAAACAUCUUCGAAAAAAUUAACUUUGGCAAAAAAACAACCUUGA